GCUGGAAAAGAGAGGUGGUGUAUAGGUACAAUAGCAAUGCAAUUGAUGUAUACUACCGUACACCAGAUAAUAAAAAGCUACGAUCAAGACGUGAGGUACUUGAAUAUUUAAAGCCAAGAUCUCGAUUGAAAAUAGAUAAUUUUACGUUUGCAAGAAAACCAUUAGGCUUAGACAGUUCCAAAGAAAUAUGUAGACGUGCCUAUUCCAGUAAAGUAAGAUAUGUUAUUGAACAUUUUAUUGAAUGUUAAUAAUUUUUGUUUCUAUAUAUUGUAAUGUGUUUUUAGAAAGUUGUAAAUAAUCAUGAUAGUGCUGCUAUCAAUAAAAAUAAAAACGAAGAUCAAAUUAUGGAGUCAGAUGUCGAGGUAGAAAAUCCAAAUAAUUUACAAUCAGUAAGACUUGUUUUUGAACAUUUUAUUGAAUGUUGAUAAUUUUUGUCUCUAUAUAUUGUAAUAUGUUUUUAGGAAGUUGUAAAUAAUCAUGAUGGUGCUGCUAUCGAUAAGAAUAAAACCGAAGAACAAACUGUGGAGUUAGAUAUUGAGGAAGAUAGUCCAAUAAAUGUAAAAUCCUGUUCUAAAAGUACUGCAGAAACUCCAGAAUCAGAUGAAAGUAGUUUAUUUGAAACAACUAUGUUUUAUGAGUGUAACGGUCGGCGAUUUCAAUUUAGAAAGGGAUCAGAUGAAGAAAACCAAGUUACUAUAGCCUUUAUAAAUGAUAUAAUAAUGAAAAAUCAUAACACUACACGGUUUUAUUCAGAUAAUGAAACUGUCUCAAAUGAUGGUACUAAAGAAGACCAAUAGCCAUCACCUGCUAAAUUGCUUCAUAAACAAUUACAUUAUUUAGAUCAUUAAAAAUAUUUAAAUUAAGGUUAUUAACAUUUUAUAAGUCUAUAUUUAUAAAGGAAAAUUAUAUAUAUAAUUUUGCUAUUAUUUUCUAUGGUAGUACAUUUUCUGAAAGUAAAUAUGACUGAUAUGGUACUCUGCGGCUUAUUUUCUUAACAUCUCCCAACUAUUUAUUGUAUUAUUUCAACCUGUGUAAUAUUCAAAAGUAUUAUCUUAGUUUUUAUUCGAAAUAUUAAUUCCUUUUGUUGUUUUGUUUUUGACAGUGGCUGUAUGAUAAAAAAAAAACAAUUUUGUUUAUUUAUAUUAUUGUUAUAUUACAAUAGCAUUGUUCCUCAGCAAAACACCAAAUUUAAAUAUUGAAGAAUAUUAUGCAACCUAGGAGGAAACAUAUUUUGAUAAAGUUUUAAUUAUUAAUAUUUAUAGAUUGAACUAUACUAUUGAAAAAUUAAAUUAUAUUUUAAAAAAUGAAUGUAAAAGUUUCUGAUAAUGAUUUAAUUGAAAUUAAUAGUGAUGAAAAUAAUUUUAUGUUUAAUAAUAUCCUUUGUGAUAAUCUAGGGAUUAAGUUUGAUAAUUUUUAGAAAAUUGUAAUUUAUUUGGCAAGUAAACAAUCUAGUAUUCCCUUAGAAUUACAUUGUAAUAUAGUUAAAAAAUCCAUAUCCAAUCACAAAAAAAAUAUAUUUGAAACAAGCUGAACUUAAUGGUUACAAAUAUGUGGAUAAUUUAUGAAUUUAAAAAAUUAUAAUUUUAAAGAUUCUAAUUUUUAAAAUUUUUUUUAAAAAAAUAAAUAUUUUCUUUAAUAAAUAUGUCAACAGUUAUACUGCUGUAGAUUUAAAAAUUUUUAUGAAACAAUUUAAAUUUUGUAAUUAUUUUUAAACAGCCGGAUCAUAACAUUAAAAAAAUAUGAGAAGAUUUUAUAAGUGAUAAUAAAUUAAGUUUAUUUAAUUUACUUUGUAAGAGAUGUAGGAAAAAACCAUUUGGAUUUUUAUCAAUGAAUAUAACCAAUAAUCAGCCCUAUAAUAAAUUAGAUCAAUUUUUAUGUGAACAUUAAGAAUUGAACGUUUAUCGUUAAUUAAUGAACGUUAAUCAUGAAUUAUUGAAUGUCAAUCGUUAAUCAUUGAAUGUUAAUUGUUAAUCAUUAAUCAUUAAAUAUUGAAUAACAAAUAUUGGUUAAUGAAAAUUUAUUGAAAAAAUGUAUUUUUUUAUAAUAAAUGAGAACACUUAAAUAAAUUCAAAACAAUCUUAAGAAAAAAAUUAAAAUUGGAUUAAACUUAAAAAAAAAUGUAAUAAAAUACAAAAAACAGUACUUUUUGAAGAGAAAAAAAAACUAACAGAAGCAGAGAUUAAUGAAACAAUUAAUCUUGAAAAAGAAUUACGAAAUAUAUAUAGAAAUGAAGCAGAGAAAAAACUAAAUGAAAUAGAAAAACAAAAAACAUUUGAACCUACUACCAAGGGAUUAAAACAUGAAGAAGCUGCCAGAAAAACCGAUGAUGAUUUUAAAUCAUUUUUAGUUCCUGUGAAACCGCUAACACAAACAUCAGAUUUUAUUACCAAACAACAAAACAUGAUACGAGAUAGAGAAUUAGAAACAGAAAUUAAAAAUUCAAUUAUUAAUAACAAAAUAGGAGUUUUUGUAGCUCAUUAUUUACCCAAAUUAUCAGAUGAUAAAUUUGGGAUUUUUCAUAAUCAUGAAACAAAUAUGCAUAUGAUAGGUAAAAAUGAGAUUCAUAUUAAAGAUAACAAUAUUAUUUUAUACAAAUAAACUUAUAAAGGAACACAAGGAUUAUGUAGAUUAUUAACGUAUAUAAAAAUAUAGAUAAAACAUCAUAUUUUGAUGAUGAUAUUAAGAAUUAUGAAAAGAUAUUAAUAGAAACAGAAUCGUUGUAUCAUAAUAAUAAUAAAAAUAAAAAAAAGUAAAAUCAAGUAAAAGGAAUAAAUACAUGAAUCUGAUCCGUCUUAUUUUGAAUAAAAUUAGUGAAAAUAAAAAAUUAUAAACUUUACAUGAAUGAUCUAGUUUAAUAAAUUAUACAGAAAACCCAAUUCAAUAUUAAUACAUUGAUAAUUUAAGCGAAUUGUUAAAAAGAUUAUAUUUUAUUGCUGCAGAAGAAGGAGCUGGUAAUAAUAAUUUCCAUAAUGAAAAAUUAAGUAUUAUAAAUUUUGUAAGUAAAGAAAUGGAAAAAUGAGUUGAUACAUCCCAUGGUAUAGAAUACAGUAAAACCUCUCUAUAACGGAAUCGUUUGGGACCAAACAUUUUUCCGUUAUAGUUUUCCGUCAGAGAGGUAGAAAAAAAAAUUAAGUUUCAAGACUGUAUGUAUGUAUGUAUGUAUGUGUUAAAAAAUUAUAUUUUAGGCAAUUAUGUACUUCGUACAUAUGACAGGUAAUGAAGAAAUGUCCAUGCUCUUAAAACACUGAGAUUUUUUAGACUUUUCAAUUACCAAUGGUUUCCUAAUUUCUCCAGCCAUACUACCACACAUGAGCACUGUUAAGCGAUACUUUGCUUUUUUUCCUCUAGAACAUGACUCACUCUUCAGGACUAGUGACUCGGUUAGAAUACCUUUAAAAAAAGGACCGUUUCGUCAGCAAUGUACAUGUCUUGCUUCAUAUCCAGCAAUGAGUAUCGAGAUUUUUCGAUUCCACUCUUUCACUGUUUCUUGAUUAACGUCAUUUGACUCACCACUGACUUGUUUUCAAACAAUAUCAUGCCUUUUUUUAAAUUUUUUCAACCAACCAUUCGAAGCCUUGAAAUCUUGGACAUUCAUUUUUUUCUGCCAAUUUCAUAGCUUCUGUUUGUAAAAUUUGACCAGAAAUUGGUACAUUUUUGACCGAUUGCUGAUAAACCACUCAUACAACUUUUGAUCAAUUUGUUCAAAUGAAAGAAUUUUAAAUCUUUUACUCUUUCCCGAGUUUUUGCUAUUUACCUAUUCAUCUAUAAUGUUUUCUUUAUUUUUAUUGCGUCGUUAACUUAAGCUUUUCCAUGUUUAAAUCUAUUAAUAAGUUCCUUCGUACUUAGUUUUUGUAUUUCCUUCAACUCGAAUAGUUUAACUUUAUUGUACAACGUCAGAGCUGUUCGUGACAUAGUAAGUAAAAAUGAAAAUAUUUAUGUACAAAACGAAAUCACAACGACAAUACAGACGGUGAGCACAGCAUGUUUACUAAACGAUAUGAACAAUUCAAGCUCAUUAGAAGGUAUAUAAUAAACAAACCAAUAUAACAAUCGUGAAGCGAUACUGUCAAAUGAUUUUUCAGGAAAAUCUGUAAUUUUUCAUUAAAUAAUUUUAUUUUUCGUUUAACAGAGAGUAUUUUUACUAAUUUGAUUACGAAAAUUGUCAGUUUCCGUUUAAUAGAGGUUUCGUCUUAGAGUGGUCAAUUUUAUAUAUUAUUUUCACUGGGACUAUUGACAUUUUCUGUUAUAAGGAGGAUUUCGUUUAAUAGAAGGUCCAUUAUAAGGGGUUUUACUGUAUCUCAUUUCUUUUAUUGCAAAUUCAUCAAAGAAAGUGAUCACUGGAUCUGGACUAGUUAAUAAUUUCUUGAAUAGUAAAUAUAUGCUUGAAAUUCACUGGCCUGGUUAUAAUUAUCUCGGACCGUUUACAAAAUCUAAGAAACCAAUAAACAAACUAGAUGAAGCUGCGAUGGAACAUGAUUUUUACUAUGAAAAACACACAGAUACCAAAUCUAGACAUAAAGCUGGUUUAAUUUUAGAAAAUAUUUCAAAAGAUAUAUACAAAAAUCCUGAAAUAUCUUUAGGUGAAAAAACAGCAGCUUUGCAACUAGUAAUACAAUGAGAGUAAAAAGAAAAUUAGGAAUGGGUCUCAUUUAAAUAAAAAUAUUAAUAUUUUGUAUAAUAAAUGAAUCUUAAUUUAAACGAUGCACAAUUGAAAAAAAUUAAAUCUGCACAUAAUAAAAAAAAAAGGUGUAACAAUACAGUUUGCAAACAAUCAAAUUGGAACAGGAAAUCAAAAGUUUAAUUUAACCAAAACAUAAAUAAAUAAAUUAAACAAAUCUAAGAAAGAAAAGAGAAAAUCGAAGUUAGAACUGAAAUUUGAACAAAUUAAACAUGGGGGAUUUCUUCCACUUCUUUUCGUUGAAAUAGAAACUGUAAGUGCAUUGGCUGGAGGAAUAAGUGCAAUUGCAAAUACUAUUAUAGAAGGAAAACAUAAGAGAGCAGUGGAAAAAGAACAAGAAUGA